CAUGCACUUGUCUCAGUAGAUAAUGGAUAAUCUGUGAAAGAGUCCCGUGACAUCCCGAAUGGCUAUAGAUUUAUCGGAACCAAUCAUCACGGAUCCCACAGAACGUUAGAAUCAUUUACAUGGCAUGUUUGCUUUUCUUGUCGUCUGGGUAUUUUGGAUGUUUUUCAAAGUUGGCGACGGUGUACAAUGCCUGAAGAAUGACGAUAUCGGGUACCGUCAGGGGAACAUCUACUUCUGUAAUGAUCCGGAUCUCAGCGAGUGUUGUGAGAUGGACAGCGAGUUCACGUGUUGUGAACCCAAUUACGUCAAAAAUACGCGAGAGCAGAUAAAGUUAUGGUGCAGUGUGUGUAUCUUUCUUCUGAUUAUAGUGGCUGUGUACAUGUGUCUACACAGAGAUGUGCAGUGGAUAUCCAGUCAGACUGUACAGGAAAGCUUCGGCCUUAGAAACAGAUGUGAAGAUGGCCCUUCAACUUCACAGACAUAGUCCAGUAAAAACACUUGUAAUUUGUUGUUAUUUUUAUUUUGCAUUCAAUAAAUAACAUUACUUAUUUACUUUU